AUGCGAGCUGUCAACAAGGCAAUCCAGCGAGAACGUCACAUAACCCCCGCCAUAGAUGACGUCAUAGCAGAUCUAAAUGACGCUAAAGUAUUUUCAAAGCUUGACCUCAAUCAAGGUUAUCAACAACUUGAACUCUCAGAAGAGUCACGCUACGUUACCACGUUUAGCACCCAUGGCGGCCUGAGGAGAUAUAAGCGCCUUAAUUUCGGAGUAACCUCUGCAGCUGAAAUUUUCCAAAAUACUAUUCGAGAAACACUUGAAGGUCUCAACGGCUGUAUUAACAUCAGUGAUGACAUUUUAGUCUAUGGAUCCAACCAAAAAGAACAUGACAACAACCUUAAAUCUGUAUUGGAACGUCUUCAGUCUCGUAACCUAACAUUACAUAAGCUGAAGUGUGAAUUCAACAAAACCAGCGUUGAAUAUUUUGGAUAUGUAUUCUCAUCGCAGAGCAUUUCACCUGACACUCGCAAAGUGGAAGCUAUACGCAACUCCCAACCUCCAUCCAAUCCAAACGAAGUCCGAAGUUUUCUAGGUAUGGUCAACUUUUGUGCCCGAUUCAUCCCAAACCUUGCGACACUAGCUAAACCAUUACGAGACCUGACAAAACAGCAUGUCAAGUGGAAAUGGACCAGUACUGAACAACAUGCUAUGGACAGUAUCAAAUCCGUGUUAACCGGUGAAACAACAAUGGCUUAUUAUAAUCCCUCGCACAAAAUUGAAGUUCUUGUAGAUGCAAGUCCAGUUGGUCUUGGUGCUAUACUUGGAAUCACAGUGCUUCGCCACGUAUUGUCAGUUAUGCCAGUCGGGUAUUAACUCCUGUAGAGACUCGCCAUUCACAAAUUGAGCGAGAAGCUCUGGCUAUUGUCUGGUCAUGUCAUAAAUUUCAUCUAUAUUUAUAUGGUACCCAAUUCUCUGUUAUUACUGAUCACAAGCCACUGGAACGUCUUUUCAACGACCCACCAAGCAAACCACCUGCUCGUAUUGAACGAUGGUUAUUAAAGGUACAACCAUAUCGUUUCAAUGUUCAGUAUCAACCAGGUUCUGACAAUCCAGCCGACUUUAUGUCCCGCCACCCGUUGCCAUCAUCACCUACCAGCCAUGAGGAGAGAUGCGCUGAAGAAUAUGUUAAUUUCGUUUCAAUGCAUGCUGUUCCCAAGGCCCUUACACUGGAAGAAAUCAAAGAAGCCACAAAAGCCGAUACCACACUUCAAGCUGUCAUUCAAGCAGUUCAAACCAAACAGUGGCAUAAUGCGAAACUCCAACCUCGUGUUGAUCGCAAGUCGGUAGAAUGUUUUUUUCACAUCCAAAACGAACUGUCAGUUAACAGUGAUCAAAGUCUCCGCCUACGUGGUACCCGUAUAGUCAUACCAAGUAAACUUCAAAACCAUGUGAUAGACCUCGCACACGAAAGCCAUCAAGGCAUAUCACGGACAAAACAACUCUUGCGUGAGAAGGUCUGGUUUCCGACCAUUGAUAAACAAGUGGAAGGAAAGGUUAGCUGCUGCUUAGUUUGCCAAGUCACAACAAACACAAGCAACAUUGAACCAUUACAUAUGCCUGAAGCUAGCAAGAAUCCAUGA